UGUUUGCGAAAAGCAAAGAAAAACCCAUCUGUGGUUACGGGUUUUGAUUGUUGUUUGGAAGGUGUUUAUUCAGCAAUACAAAUUUGUUACGGGUGACAAUGGCAACAAACCCGGAAGACUACAAACAAGCGUCGUCUAUUUACGAUUUCAGCGCCACGGACAUUAAGGGUAACGACGUGAAGCUCGACAAAUACAAAGACCACGUAUGCAUCAUCGUAAACGUAGCAUCCAAGUGCGGCCUCACCAAAACGAAUUACGAAGAGUUAAAUCAACUGUAUGACCAAUAUGCCGAUGCGAAAGGAUUAAGGAUCCUCGCGUUUCCUUGCAAUCAGUUCGCCAACGAGGAAUCUGGUACAAACGAAGAGAUAUGCGAGUUCGCCUCCAAGCGAAAUGUUAAAUUCGAUCUCUUUGAGAAGGUUAACGUUAACGGGAACGACGCACAUCCAUUGUGGAAGUAUUUGAAGCACAAGCAAGGAGGCAGCCUAAUAGACACGAUCAAGUGGAACUUUACAAAGUUUAUUAUCGAUAAAAAUGGUCAGCCAGUGGAAAGGCACAGCCCCACUACCAGCCCUAAAGAUUUAGUGAAAUCGUUGGAAAAGUAUUGGUAAUUAACUUGUUAUUUAACUGAUUUCUAUUUUAUCGUUGCCGCUUUUGAUAUAUAUGUAUAUAUUAUAUAUAAAUAUUUACUCUGCUGAUUUAUUAUUUAUGUUAAAAUAAAGAGUUAAAAAAAACAACAAC